CGAGGCGCUCAGGUGAGUCGCCGGGGUCGGGGAGGGGCAGCAUCGGAGGCCAGCAGGGGACCAGGCGCUUGGGAGCGAAGAGAAGGAGGCGACACCCGCCCCAGCAGCAGCAGCAGAUCCUGGCUGACAUGUCCUCCACCGCGCAGCCCAUCGCUUCCUCGGCGUCCGCUUCAUCCAAGACUAAGACGAAGAAGAAACACUUCGUGCAGCAGAAAGUGAAGGUUUUCCGGGCCAGCGACCCGCUCGUCAGCGUCUUCAUGUGGGGAGUAAACCACUCGGUAAAUGAACUCAACCAGGUCCCGGUUCCCGUCAUGCUGCUACCAGAUGACUUCAAGGCCAAUUCGAAAAUUAAGGUGAACAAUCACCUUUUUAACAGGGAGAACUUACCUAGUCACUUCAAAUUCAAGGAGUACUGUCCGCAAGUUUUCCGAAACCUCCGCGAGCGCUUUGGAAUAGAUGACCAGGACUAUCAAGCCUCCCUGACAAGGAGCUCCCCGUAUGGCGAAAGUGAAGGUCACGACGGGCGCUUUCUCCUGUCCUACGACAAAACCUUAGCUGUUAAAGAAAUAUCCAGCGAGGAUGUUGCAAAUAUGCACAGUAUCUUAUCCUACUACCACCAACAUAUAGUGAAAUGUCACGGGAGCACGUUAUUGCCCCAGUUUCUUGGCAUGUAUCGUUUGAGUGUGGACAAUGAAGACUCUUACAUGCUGGUAAUGAGGAAUAUGUUUAGCCACAGGCUUACGGUUCACCGGAAGUACGAUCUUAAGGGCUCCCUGGUAUGUCGUGAAGCCAGUGAUAAAGAAAAGGUAAAAGACUUGCCAACCUUUAAAGACAUGGAUUUUUUAAACAUGAGCCAGAAAGUGUACGUAGAUGACGAACAAAAGAAGGCCUUCAUGGACAAGUUGAAGAGAGAUGUGGAGUUUCUAGUGCAACUGAAAAUUAUGGAUUAUAGUUUGCUUCUGGGGAUCCAUGACGUCCAUCGGGCAGAGCAAGAUGAAGACGAGGAGGUUGAGGAUGAGGAUGCUGAAAACGAAGGGCCGGUGCUCAGCAGUGUGGGAUCGUACGGAACGUCCCCUGAAGGAAUAGCUGGCUACCUCAACUCCGAUAAACCACUGGGACCCGGGGAAUUCGAACCGUUAAUUGAUGUGUAUGCGGUCAAAAGUUCUGAAAGUGCUCCACAAAAGGAGGUAUAUUUCAUGGGACUGAUUGACAUUUUAACGCAGUACGAUGCUAAGAAGAAAGCCGCGCAUGCAGCCAAGACGGUGAAGCACGGGGCUGGGGCUGAGAUAUCCACAGUCCAUCCAGAACAGUACGGAAAAAGAUUCCUGGACUUUGUCACGAAUAUCUUUGCCUAGUUAGAAAAAGACACUUCAUAAUGAAUAACCAAGGUUUUUGUAAUCUUAAGUGCGGAUAAAAGGUUUUUUCGCCAGUAGUAUAACGGUGUGGAUUGCUGUUGACUCUUGUACGCAAUCUGUUAUGGAUCAUAGUACUGGGUCGUUGGACUAGCAGAUCAUUUUAAUGGUUAACAGCAGAGAUCCUUAAAACACUUGAGGAGGAGCAGUUUAAUUGUGGACUGUACCACUAGUAAAUGGGGAGAACUCUAAUAGAACGGAAUAAGGUAUAAUGAGCUUUAAGACCCUCUCCGGUUACUAAACACAGUGGUCUGGAUAAAUGCUGCACUGUAUACCCGACUGGCUUCACAACUUUGGAUUAACUGCUAGUGUCGGCCGGCGUGUAUUUUAACUUCUAGUAAACACUAAAAGACAGUCCUGUUUCUCUUCUCUAAGGUUUUGUUACAGCGUUUAAGUUUGAAUACUAGCUUUCUAGCGCAUUGUUAAUAUUUAGUAUGGAUUAAAUAUAUAGCUGCUUUUUUUCAA